GGCAAGAGGGAGAUUUGCAGGGGGAAAUGAGAGGAAGGUAGGAACAAACACACACAUGGUCUGUCGUGUGCGCCGCUCGGUACCAGGGAUUAUUCAGCUGCUGUGAUCCCGAGGCUGCCGGAGAGAUAGAGACGCGUAGGACCUUGGAGCAACACGUCACCUUCAGACCAGAGGACCAGGCAACACCUCCAACCCUGACGCAGGGUGUAUCCGCAUGUCAGAGCGCUGUGUGUGUGUGUGUGUGGAGAAGCAUGUGUUUGAGGAGGAACAGCAGAAGGAGGAGCCACCGGGAGAGAGCGGGAUGCUGUUAGGUCGCUGUGGCAGCACUGCAGCCAUUUCUAGCGGCGACUCGAGGAUGUGUGGGUUAACGGGGGGGUGUGUGUGCGCAUGAGAGAAAGAGAGAGAGCGCGCUUCGGGAGUUUGUGUGAGCCGUUCUGAGGCGGCGCGAAGCGAGGGGAUCCGCUCUGUCGCCAGCUCCUUCCUGUCCAGUCGCCCACCAACUGCGAGGUGGGGGGUGUUUUUCUGUCGCCAGACGAGACUUGCUCAGACAAAGAUGGCCAGCACACUCCUCCGCCUCCUCGUCGUGCCUGGCCACGGCUGUCAGCAGCAGAGCUGGGCUCGCUCAUCCUCAGUCAGGCUCUGCAUCAGUAGGUGCUCUCUGAAGGCUGCAUGUUGAUCGGACUGAAGCAGCUUCCAGAAACACGUAGCUCAGCUUUCUACUCAACUGCCUUUGAGGAACAAUGAACACCAACAAGGAUGAGGCCUCGUUCAGCAGGUUUUUCCAGUAUGUGGAGGACAGUGGACUCAGGGCGUAUGAUGGCCUGGUCAUCCAGAACGCGUCGGACAUUGCCCGUGAAAGCGACCGUGUGAGAAAUGAGACCAAUUGGGCCUACCUUCAGGAGAAACAUGAGAAGAAAAGGAGGCAGGAAGAAGCCAUAAAGAGGAUCGGUGAAGAUGUGGCAAGAGCGACAGAGGGAGGCUAUGCGGGGAAGCACUUCCGAAUGGGCUUCAUGACCAUGCCAGCCCCCCAGGACCGGAUGCCCUCUUCAUGCGGCCAAGGGUUCACCGUGCGCUCUCAGUCCCUCCACUCUGUAGGGGCUGGAGACGAUGACGGGAGCCCCACCUCCCGCAAGCAGCCCCCGCCCAAACCCAGGAGAGACCCCAACACCAAGCUCAGCAUCUCCUCCGAGACGGUCAACAGCGGGUCCAUCCCCAAUAAACUGGACCAAAUCGAUGGUUCCAAGUCCCGCCCCUUCAGCGAGGAGUACAAGAGGAUCCCUCCUCCCAAGCCCAAGAGGAACCCCAACACUCAGCUCAGCACCUCGUUCGACGAGUCCUACAUCAGGAACCACGGCAACAAGAUGUCCUCCAAGAGGGAGAAGUCUUUCUCCCAGAACCAAAGCCCCGCCCAGGACACGGACGAGGACGAGCCUGUGUACAUCCAGAUGGUGGGAAACAUCCUGCGGGACCUGAAGAGUCAAGAGGACGAUGACCAGGGUGAGUCUGUGUACGAGGAGAUGAAGUACCCCAUGUUUGAUGACUUGGUCCAGGACUCCAGGUGGGAGCAGGGGGGCAGUGUCACCCCCCCCACCCUGGACAUGGAGCCCGGACAGUCCUACACACCCCGCGGUUCGUUCUGUGACAUCCCCGCUCCCUUCCCCAACCUGCUGACUCACCGUCCCCCUCUGCUGGUCUUCCCCCCAGCCCCAGUCCAAUGCUCCCCCAACUCUGACGAGUCACCUCUUACCCCUCUGGAUGUCACCAAACUGCUCAUGCAGGACAACAUUGUCUUGAAGCCUGGGGCCUCGCCUGCCGCUAUAGAGGCUGCUCCCUCCUCCUCACACCACCGGAAGGCAGAGAGGGAGAGGGAGAGGGAGAGAGAGAGGGAGAGAGAGAGGGAGAGGGAGAGAGAGAGGGACAGAGAGAGGGAGAGGGAGAGAGAGAGGGAUAGAGAGAGGGAUCUCACAUCCACACACACCAUUACCACCUCGGGACGCUCCUCAGCCCCGCCCCUGCCCUCCAACCUGUACAAGUCUUCUGCGUUGGUCCACGGCUACCCACGCAGUCACUCGGCCUGCCCGUCCCCUGUCAGCAUGGGCCGCUCUCUCACCCCCCUCAGCCUCAAGCACCCGCCCCCGUACGAGGCUGUGAUGACCGGCAGCAUGCCCCGCAGCGCCUCCUCCGUGGCCCACGCUGCCAAGGCGUCCUCGGGCCAGGAGGGAGGGGGCAAGCUCAGUGGCUCCUCCUCGGCUCAUGGCUCCGUGCAGAACGUGUCCUGGACGCGGACACCCACCAGCCCUCUGGAUGAACUCACCAACCUGCUCAGCAGCGGCAGGAACAUGCUGAAGAAGCCUCCGGCAGGGAGGAAGGCCAAGGACUCUGCAGACUGCCCGUCAGGGGAGGCUCGCUCCAGGAGCCACAGCUCAGAGCCCCUCAGCAGGCAUGAGAGCAAAGAGCGGGGGGCCCAGCACGGAGGAACCAGGGACGACCACCACGAGUGGGACGGGCCGUCCGGACAAUCAUCCGCCAAGACCGCCACACCCAGUCGCAUCGGGCGCUCCUCAGUCAGUCCCACCAUGAUGCUGGGGGGCGGGGCUUCCGAGCCCAAGGUGGUGUGUAAGCUGGGCCGCUCAGCCUCCUCGUCGGGGGUGCCCUCUCCUGGAGGAACGCCUCAACGCCAGCCUUCUGAGUCCUACGCCGGCCUCUGCCAGAUCCCACCCAUGCCUUGGGCAUAUGGAGACAGCACCAUGAUGGAGAUGAUAGAGAGGAAACGCAGUCUGUGCCGGGAGAUCAGCAGACAGAGGCCCGACAGGAACUUGUGUAAGCAGGACAGCAUGCCCAUCUUGCCCAGCUGGAGGAAGAGCAAUGGCAAGAAGCACGGGCCCCCCCCCUACUCCACACAGACCACCGUGUUCUGGGACACGGCCAUCUGACCCUGACCUGUCCUCAGACUCGCCCUGCCCAUGCACACACACACAAGUAUAAACUCUACGCACACACACACAGGUGUAAAC